AUGGACUACAAAAAAUUGCCGGACGAAACCCAGUCGGUUUACUCACAGGACUCGACUUUAGUCAAGGAGGACAAGAUGGAGAGCGAUCCACCUGUUUAUGUGGCCGAACCUGCUCGGAAAUUGAAGCGGACAACGAGAUGGAAACGAUUUUUGGAUAGUAAGUGCCUUUAUGCGAAAUUGUAAGCUCUAUUUUUUUGUUUUCAAAGCAAUUGUUUGACGGAAAAAUAAGAAAAAUGCAAAAAAUUUGAAGAAAAAAAAAUUUUUUUAUAAAAGAUAAUUGGACUACUGUUAGCAGCAAUAAUUUUAAAAUACGGUGUAGGUGGAAAAUUCUAUUUUAUUUCCCCUGGUUCUGCAUCAAUUUUCCAUCAAAAAUAAAAAAUUUUUUAUCAAUUUUUCACUUAAAAGCGCAAUUUCCCCUAACUAGGGAAGUGUACAAACGAACCCUCACCAAAUGGCAAGUGUUAUACACCAUUGGAAAGCCCUUGAAAAAUGAUGAAAGGUACCAUUUUCAUUUUUUGCAGAAUGCCUCAGGGCAAAAAAUUAUAAACGGUUGAUUUGUCCCUUAAGUAGUUACAAUAUCUGCUGUGGCGCAAAAUUAAUCUUAUUUCAAAACGCUAAAUGGUAAAUAUUGCUGCUAGGUUGGCCUAAGAAUCAUUAUGGAGCUUGGCGCGUGCCAGUAAAACCAUUUUACAUAUGAUAUUUACUGGUUUUAAACAGCCAUAACGUGAAAAAACACUUUUCACUUUUUUUAAUUUUGAAAAACAUGUAAGUUUGAUGGUUUUAACCGUAAUCGACCGUUUUCUAGAAAAAUUAAAGCGUUUGUAAAAGCUUAAUUCAAAUAUUAUCCUAACUGUAAGAACGCAAAAUGUUUUUGCCCAAGCUGGGAAUCGAACCUAGCUUGGUUUGGCUUAUCAGCCUGCUCAGCAACCACUGCACUAUUGAAGCAACCCUCUUCGAGGAUUUUUUCCUGCCCAAGAGAAAAAAAGAUUUUUGUUGCGAAAUGACCUAAAAAUAAUGAAAUUUACAGUAUGUCGUCGCGGAAAGGCAUUCUGCAAAAAAUGAAAAUGGUAUCUUGCAUCAUUUUUCAAGGGCUUUCCAAUGGUGUAUAUCACUUGCCAUUUGGUGAGGGUUCGUUUGUACACUUCCCUAGUAAGGCUAUGAUUCCAAAAUUAAGCGAAAAAUACAUGAACUACUAAUAUUUUUCGUGAACAAUAGUGUUCUCUUCAAUACUUUCACUAUUUCACACUUUUGUCUGGGCGCAGACUGCGGGUGACAUUUUAUACGAAGAAUCUUCUUUAGAAGUAUCAAAAAAUCAUUCAUGAACUUAAUUUUCCCUUCUAGGUUAUGCUCAAAAUUCGACAUUUUCUGUCCAUAAAUCAGGCGCGGGUGACAUUUUAUACGAAGGGUGACAUUUUAUACGAAAGCUUCCAUAAGUCUCCAAAUGUUUCGAAAAAUUACUGACCUUAUUUUUCCAGGAAAUAUAACCGUUCGACAGUUACUAAUAAUCCUGGUAACAUGUUAUCUUCUUCUUAUUGUCAAUGAAGAGCUCGGAAUCACAAGAAAUAUUGGGAAUGCAAUUGGAGAUGCGAUAGAUUGGGUUUGUGGAAUUGGCAGGGCAAUAUGUAGACUUUUUGACCACCUUACAGCACCUGAAGACCCAAUUGUAAUGGAUCCAUAUGCAAAAUGGCCGGGAAGAGUGAGUUUUUCUUUUCGUUUUUUGCACAGUGCGGCCAUGGAAAAUGAAACGUGAUUUUUAGAGCCUUUGGUAAAAUUUCGAGCUUGAUGUUUUCAGCAUAGUAUGUCAGUAUAUUUCUCAUUCACUUGUGCAAAAUUUGCCAUUAUCUUGGCCCUCAGCACAGUGCAAAUUUAUUUCAAUUUUUUUCAACUGCACCGUGCGAAAAAAAUAAUUUUUCAAUUUUCAGGCUGAAAUCGAACGGACCAGAGAAAAAUUUGGCCCCAGUGUCGCUGCAAGACUCGAAUUUCCCGGUAACUACGACUGA